AUGAAGCUUCAUGCAUCGGCUCUGCGCGUAAUCCGGGACAUCGGCGUCUAUGUUCGCGUCAGCGAGGACAAGAAGACGGCAAAAGUUGGCGGUGAUGUCCUCUCUGGGAGCCUCUUGAAGGCGUUGGGAGAGCACGGCCUUAUCACGGCCAGUGGGUCUACUGGAUCGGUUGGCUGUGUUGGGUGGACCACUGCUGGUGGCUAUGGCCCAUUCUCGAGCCUCUAUGGUCUCGGCAUUGACCAAAUCGUCGCGGCGAAGCUGGUGAAUGGUAACUGCAUCGUGAACGCAACCGAGGCCAAGACCGUGGCCAAGUACAGCGAGGAUAACGAGAAGUUGGUGAGCUAUGGCAUCCACGGGCGAACCUAUACGGUGAGCCUCAAGGCCUGGACGCCCACCUCGGUACGCAUCCUGGUCACAUAUAGCGCCUCUGUCCCAGGUGGCAAUUCAAUGAUAUCGAUACAUGGACUGCGCUCCCCGCCAGCAAACGAAGACUCGGUCUUUGGAGCCCGUGAGGACCAUCAUAUGGUGGAGAUCAUCUCCUUGACGACCGAUCCGGCGCUCGAGGGCGAGGUGUCUGCGUGGGGCCAGGGGCUGCUGAGGGAGUUGAAAGAGCAGGAUGCGAGCAACAUUGUUGACAGCGCUUAUCUUCCCCUGCUCGACUACGGUGAAGUCGACUCGAAGAAGAUUUACGGAAGACAUAACGAGACGGUUGUGUCGUUGAAGAAGAAAUAUGACCCGGAAAAUGUGUUCAAGCACGCAGCUCCGAGGGUCAUUGUGUAG